UCGUCGUCGUCGUCGCGGUCGUCGUCGUCGCCGUCGUGUUCGUGAACUGCAGGCUCCCUGCUUAUGAUGUCAUCGGAGGAAGACUCUGAUUCUUUCGGUUUGUACGUCGAUAAGUUGCUAAAGAACAACCCUACCAACACAGUGACGAUCAGCAGUAACGGCAGUAACAGCAACAGCAGCAACGGGAGCAACAGCAACAGCAAGCGAAGCAGACAGCGCGUAGACGCGGGCGAGCCAAGAAACAGCUACUCCUCGAUACCCAGCUUCAGUUCGCGGCCGUCCUUCAUGAGCAGUGGUCUAUACGGGGCUAUUUUUAGCCAGGCGCAGCAGCAACAUUUCAGCGGACUAUUCGGUCCCGGCGGUUACGGACCGGCGGCCGCCAGCAAGAUGCUUAACGAACUGCUCGGCAGACAAGUGAAGCAGGCCCAGGACGCAACCGAUCCGGACACGAUUAGCAUGCUAUCGGCGAUCGAGGCUGCCGCGGCCAGUAUCAGCAGCAGUGUGGCCGGCAGCAUCAACAACGGCGUAAGCAGUGGCGACUGUGGACUUACGGCGGACAGUGGUGUGAACGGUGCUAGUGGUGGUGGUGUGGUGAACUCCACCAAGCUCGGGUUCGAAAGUGUGACGAAUCUGAACAACAACAAUACCAACACGAACAAUAACAAUACGAGCGCCAGUAAUCAGACGGGCGGCAACAACAAUCCGAACAGCAACCAUAGCGGCACUGGUGACAGUGCGAAGUGUGCCAAGAACGGCAAGAGUAACAGUGCGACGGUGUCGGUGUCGGAUGUGACGAUGGGCUCGAACCGGCGCAGCAGCAGCUCGAGCAGUACGAGCAGCAACAGUAGUAGCAGCAGCAGCAGCACUAGCAGCAGCAGCAGCAACAGUAGCAACAGCAGCAGCAAUGCGCUGGCGAACACCAACGGUGAGAACAAUGGUGGCAGUGGUGGCAACGGUGGCGGCGACAGUGGCAGUGCUACGAGUGCGCCCAAGUCGGGCAGUCGAAACGUGGCCACCGCCGGCAACAGCAACAACAACAACAGCAGUGCAGUGGACGGCUCGUGCAGUAACGGCCUCGGUGGUGUUAUAGACCUUGACGGUGACUCUACAACACCACCAGCCACGAGCGAGCUGGCGCACCACAUGUUGCGCAACAUCUUGCAGGGCAAGAAGGACCUGAUGGCCCUCGAUCACGAGCUGCGCGCGACGAUCCAGGGCAACCAGAGUGGCCAGCACGGGGCCGGCGGUCGGAUAUCGCCGGACAACAACAAUGUGAUCGGUAGCAAGAACAACAACCACAGCAACGCGAUCUUCGACGUGAGCAAAAUCAGUGAGAACAGUCUCGGCGCGAUCGUGAACGGGUGCGACCUGAGUGAUGCGAGUGAGGUGGUGAAGGGUGCCAGUGGUACGGGGGCUUCGUCCGCUUCGAAGCACCGGGCGGCAAACGGCAAUAAUCAAAAUGCGAAAGCGACCCACGGCGCUAGUGAUAGUACGAAAUGUGAUGAUUUGCUGGGCACGUCCGCGGACGUUUGCCGUUUAGCGAAUGGUGGAAGUUCCGGUGUGGUGGAAACGAUCAAUCCCAAGCAGGAGAAGAGUGAUGUGAUCGACGAGCUGGUGGCGUCGUUACCGGACGAGGUGGACGAAACCGUACCAUCGCCGGCGUCCUCCACCGGUGGCGGUAGCACCGGCGGUCUUAUCACGAAGCAGGAGAUGAUGGACCUGGACGACUGCUGUCUCGACGAUAAGGAUCGGGACGAGCGAACGCCAACUCCGGGCAGCGGCAUCGUGCCGAGUCGGGCCGAACCGGAAGCGCUCAACAUGAAGCGCGCCCGGGUGGAAAACAUUGUGUCGUCGAUGCGCGCCAGUCCUGCGAUUCUGUCCCAACCACAGGUGAAUGGUUGCAAAAAGCGCAAGCUGUACCAUCCGCAACAGCACGACAACAGUGCGGCCGAGCGAUAUGCGGCUGCGGCAGCGGCCGGUCUGAACCUCGGUCUGACGUUGCAGAACUUCAUGCUGAGCAGCAGCGCAGCGGCCGCGGCAGCGGCAGCAGCCGCGAACAGUACCUCCAUGCCCGUUACCGACCCGACAACGACCGACGAUGAUGAUGAUCUGGUGGAGACGGUAACGACGCCCCACAUUCAUCAGAAGCGGGUGGAAAAGGACGUACUUAAGUCGCAGCUGCGCUCGAUGCAGGAACAGCUCGCCGAGAUGCAGCAGAAAUAUGUGCAAUUGUGCUCGCGCAUGGAGCAACAGUCGGAUACCACGCAGGAGGUGGUAGACGACAGCUCCUCCAGCGACAUCAUGGAGGAUGACGUGAGUGCGCCGGACCUAUCGCCCGAAAAGCCGCACCUGUCGGCUUCGACGCCGGUCAAGGAUGUGGCCGGGUCGAAGGGACAGUCGAAUGCGGCAGCCGCGGCAGCAGCAGCGGCAGCGGCAGCCGAUGCCUCCAGCAUGCUGCAGAUGAUGAGCAAGAUGAUGUCGGCAAAGCUCCACAACACUCUGCCCUCGACGCAUCCGCUGCAGGCGGGUGGCUUCAAUGGUACGCAUCCGUUUCUGCAGCACAUGCAACAAGCGGCAGCCGCCGCGGCAGCGAUGCCACACGAAACGAUCGGACAGCAGCAAGCGCCCCAGCACAGCCAGCAGAUGAGUAAUGCUGCCGCCAUGUACCAGAAGCUGUUCCUCGAGCAGGAAGCGCGGCUAGUGAAGGCGGAACAAGCGGAACGGAAUCUGCAGGCUUCCAACCAGCAGCUGCUCCAGCAGCAGCAGCAGCAGCAGCAACAGCAGCAAUCGCUUCAACACCAGCAAUCCCAACAGCAGCAGCUUAUGCCGCCAUCGCAGCAGCAACAACAUCCCGCUCUUAUGCAGGACCGGAAUCCCGGCAGCAGCGCAUCACAGGUAAUACAAUCGCAGGUAACUAUGCCGCACCAGCAGCAACCUCAAGCACAAAAUCAAACUUCCCAGGCACUGCUACAAUCGCCUGUUCAACAUCCACAGACCCAGCACCAGCAGCAUUCGCCGCCCCAUCCACAGCCCGCACAGCAAUCCUGUGGAUUGGUGCAGCCCAUGCCGACGAAUGCACCGCUGCAGCCGCACGCUGUCGCUCAGCAGCAGCAGCAGCAGCAACAGCAGCAACAUCCACCAGUGCAAUCGCAACAACUCUCGCCAACACACGUCCCAAUGCAAACAGUGGCGCAGACGGCCAAUCAUGUGCCAUCGACAUCGAUGGGUGGCCACAUCCCCGCCAUGCCGAAGGGGACAUCCAUACCGUCCGAUCUGACGAACCGGCUGAACAUGAUGCGCUCGAGCGCCACCUCGGUCGGCCCCAUGUCCGGUACGGACCUCGAAGGUCUGGCGGACGUGCUGAAGACGGAGAUCACGGCCUCGCUCUCGAAUCUGGUCGAUUCGAUCGUUACGCGGUUCGUGCAUCAGCGACGAUUUCUGGGCAAGCAGUCGGAAGCAGCGGCCGCAGCGGCCGAGCAGCUAAACAAGGAUCUGCUGAUGGCCUCGCAGCUACUGGACCGCAAGUCACCGCGCACCAAGAUCAGCCAGCCUGACCGCAGCGGCAGCAUUGGCGCCAGUCAAUCAGGUAACGCACCUAUGCUAAGUACACCUAAUCUUAACAACGCACCUCUGCCGAUGGCCCCGAGCGUGGUGGGUCCGGUACCGGUGGUGGGUAUGUCUGCGCCCACCGGCAACGGUAACUGCGUCCAGCAGCAGCCACCGUUAGCGAACGUUAACGGUUGUGCCGGACCACGGCUGAACGGGAGUUCCUUUCCCGCGAUGCCGGCAAUGCCCGCCAUGCACGUACCGGCUGCGGGAUCGACACACGACCCGAAGGGUGGCCAGCAACAGCAGCAACAGCUCGCGGCUGCCGCGGCCAGUAUGAACACGAUCGGUAUGCCUCCUCAUGUACGUCCUUCUCCUUCUACAGCUAUGUUCCAAACAUCGAAAACGCCACAGAACAUCAAUCCGGUUGCGGCGGUGGCGCUCUACAACUCGAUGAACCAGGCCCUCGGGACGCCCAGCCAGGUGAACCCGUUCUGCCUGCCACCACCGGAACCCCGCGAGCACAAUCCCGAGCAGAACGAGGCGCUCAGCCUUGUGGUGACGCCGAAAAAGAAGCGACAUAAGGUGACCGACACGCGCAUUACACCUCGAACAGUGAGUAGAAUUCUUGCUCAGGAUGGCAUUAUUCCGUCCUCGAAUCAGGUGCAAGUUGAUUCACAACAACAAUCCCAACAACAGCAGCAGCCGCCAUCGCAGCAGCAAUCGCAGUCGCAGCAGCAGCAGCAGCAAUCGCAACAACAGCAGCAACUGCCGCUGGGUGGAGCAAACAGCUGUCAUGGGAGCGGUCUGGGGAGCAACAACAGCAGCAGCAACAACAACAACAACAACAGCUGCAGCAAAAACAAUAACAAUCUGAGUGGGCAACAGCAGCAGCAACAGCAGCAGUCCCAGUCUCAGGUUGCGUCGCAGCAAUCGACCCCGGCCCAGCAGCAGCAAACGCAGCCUUCCCAGUUUAACAGCCAGUCGGGCGGUACGGUCCAACCGACCGGUCCGACCACCCCCACGGAUUGCAAAUCGCCGAGGUCGUCCUUCCAUGGGGCCGCCUCGUCGAUGCUGCCCGUCUCACUGCCUACCUCGGUUGCGAUUCCGAACCCAUCGCUGCACGAGUCGCAAGUCUUUUCGCCCUACAGCCCCUUCUUCAAUCCGCACGGUCCGCACGGUGGCCCGCACGGUCCGCAGCCGUCGCAGUUCCACCACAUGAAGGUGUCGUCGAGCCCGCCCGGCAUCAAUGGCAUGCUGGACCCGCGUGAUUCCCCGCCACUACCCCACCCGCCGACGAUGCUGCAUCCGGCCCUGCUGGCAGCCCAUCACGGCAACUCACCGGACUACGGACAUAUCAGAGCGUCGAUGGAUGUCAACGAUCGCAAUUCCGACUGCACCUCCGCUGAUAUUUCCUUCAACGGAAUGGAACCUACUAUAUCCUUUUCAAAUCUACAACUAUUUGAUCCUUCCGUUGCAGCUAACCAAUCCUUAACUCCGGUGAACUCGUCAACCCUGACGCCGAUGCACCUGCGCAAGGCGAAGCUGAUGUUCUUCUGGGUACGGUACCCAAGCUCAGCCGUGCUGAAGAUGUACUUCCCGGACAUCAAGUUCAACAAGAACAACACCGCCCAACUGGUCAAGUGGUUCUCCAAUUUCAGGGAAUUCUACUACAUUCAAAUGGAGAAGUACGCCAGACAGGCGGUAAGCGAGGGCAUGAAGAAUGCGGACGACAUCCAUGUAAGCAAUGACAGCGAGAUUUACCGCGUCCUCAACCUACACUACAAUCGGAACAAUCACAUUGAGGUGCCCCAAAAUUUCCGAUACGUUGUUGAGCAGACGCUGCGUGAAUUCUUCCGCGCGAUUCAGGGCGGCAAAGACACCGAGCAGUCGUGGAAAAAAUCAAUUUACAAAAUCAUCUCCCGAAUGGAUGAUCCUGUGCCGGAGUAUUUCAAAUCUCCGAACUUCCUCGAGCAGCUGGAGUAA